AUGGCGGCUCACCAGUCCGCGAAGAACGUAAAAUGGGUCGAGGGACUCAGAGGCAUCGCUUCGGUCAUGGUCAUCAUGACCCAUGUUGCUCGCGCCUUCGACUUUGCCCUCUUCUUUCCCAGGGACAGGCCAGACGUGCCACCGCGUUUCUGGCAGCUCCCCAUCAUCCGCGUUCCGGCGCAGGGCAGGAUAGGCGUGCCCAUUUUCGCCUUCCUCACAGGCUUCGUCUGCGCGCUCAAGCCGCUCAAGCUCGGCCGGAACCGCCACCAACAGGGCGAGGCCCUAAUGGCCGUGGCGAAGAGUGCCUUUCGACGGCCGCCUCGUCUGGUCUUGCCGGCCGCCAUCGCGACCCUUAUCAGCUUCUGUCUCACUGCCAUUGGCGGCUACGAGACUGCGCACUUCUGCGAUUCCUUCUGGGUCCGAUUCGACGCCCCCGGCAUGGAGCCCACCUUCAGGCGUGAGUUGACGCGUCUGUUCCGCUCCCUGCUGACGACCUGGACGAGCACCGACAACGCAUACGAUCGCCAUCAGUGGGCCAUGCGGCCGCUGUUGGUGGGCGCAUUCCAGGUGUACAUCUUGCUGGCUGCUACUAUGGGCAUGAGGCUGAAGUAUCGCAUGGUUGUUCAUGUUCUGCUGAUGGCAUACUGGUGGCUGAACAGACAAGCAAACACCGAGACGUUCGGCUCUUUGGUAUCCCUCGGUACAUUACUGGCCGACCUGUCUCUGCACCGUCCAACACAGAACUUCAUCGCCUCCAACCAUCGAAUCCUGUCUCUGGUCAUAGCUCCUCUACUCAUCCUCAGCGGGCUGUUUCUGGGCUCCUAUCCUCAGGAGCACGAAGACUGGUCCCGCUGGUCGCUCGGGCUUCAGCAAACCUUUGUCAACAUGGACCCUCCUACGCCAGGUGCGUCUCGUGGCAGCUUCCUUGUGCCCGAGGGCACAGAUGCUCGGCGCCGAUUCUCCUCAGUGGCGAUACAGUUCUGUGCGGUCGCCGUCUUCAUCAGUCCUGUCCUUCGCGAAUUCCUCAGCAACAGAUACUUCCUGUGGCUCGGCCGCCACUCCUUCGCGGUGUACUUGGUUCAUGGCACGAUAUUGAGAACCGUCGGGAUGUGGAUUGCGUAUGGGUUGACGCCCAGAUUCGAACAGCACGAAGAUGGGUCAUACGAGGAGUUCCUGCACAUUCGAAGCGACACGAGUAAAAACGUGGCAAUUCUGGUUUUCGUAGUAUUGACGUACUCUGCGGCGUGGGCUUGGAUGCGUUGGGUCGAUACCGCAUGCGCACGCGCGACACAAUGGCUGGAGAGCAAAGUCUUUCAGGCUGAGGACGACGAGGAGGCCGAGGAAACCGAGAAGGGCUUUGGAGGUGGCCUCAUCGACAAACACGGCAAAGACUACCAGCGGAUGGCCAGUAUCGCGGACUCAGGGGUCGAAGCCACCCCCGAGGGGCCUUACCCGUCAGCUGUUCCUUUUCAGAACCAUCGUCGCUCAGGCCGCUGCGAAGAGAAGGAGAAGCGUCUCCUGCCCUCGACGCUCGCACGCAGCGAGGCAUAUCGUGCAUCUCCGCUGAGGAUGCUUUGA